UAAACCAGCAACCACUGCAGAGACCCCAAGGCAGGGAGGCAUCACCACUGCAUCAGCCAUGGAUACAACCUGCAAAAAGCAACCUAAAACCAAAUCCAAAACCACAACACUCAAGAAACCCUUCUUCUUCUUCUCGUCUCCCCAGGCUCAGGAUCCCAUCGUCCCUUCUUCCACACUCAACAAAAUCACCUCGCACUACUCGAAAUGGAAUCCAAAUCAGACCCAACUUCAAAGACCCCGUCCCCCUGCAACCGCAACCGAUCCUCCUCCUCCUCGUGUCGACACCCAUCUGCAGGCUAAAGCUAUGACACUCUCCGCCAAUGCCGACUCCUCAUCUCUUUCCCUUCUUAAGAACAACCACCGCCACCACCGCUAUCAUCAGGAACAGAGGCAGCAAGUCGACAUGGAAAAGAAACAGAGCAAAACAGAGAAGGGGAAAGAGAGAGAUAAGGUAAUAGAACCCAGAGAAAGAGAUGAGCCGAGGAGGUCUUCAGUCUCUCUCCAUAGCUCUAGGAGAAAGUCCUUUAGUGAUUCCCAGAUGGAGUUGGGUGAGUUCUUCUCCACUGUCGGCGUCAAGGUUGUGGCCGUCGACAUGCCACCGUUUAUGCAGAUCCACGCUGUGACUUGUGCACGGAAAACGUAUGAUGGCCUUGAUAAGUGCUCCUCCAAGAUCCUAGCCUCUACUCUCAAGAAGGAAUUUGAUGGAGUAUAUGGACCAGCGUGGCAUUGCAUUGUGGGAACCAGUUUUGGGUCCUUUGUGACGCACUCGGUAGGAGGGUUCUUGUAUUUUUCAAUGAAUCAUCAUAAAUUGUAUAUCCUCUUGUUUAAGACCACAGUGCAGAAAGCAGAUUGAUUGAAAUUGGAAAGCCCGGAAAGGAGUUUGUAUAUUCUCUACCGUAUUUAUCUGCAUUUAGCUUUUUGGGUUCUGGGCAAGAGAAAGCAUCUGGGAAUUUAUUCUUCCAAUUCCAUAUUUGUAAGCAGGGCCCUUUAAAGAUAGAUCUUAUAGCAGUACUGACUUUUGAAUGAUUGUUAAAAGGCUCUCAGAAAGAAACCCUGUUGAUCA